AUGCAUUGGACGCUAGUGGUGGUUGCGCCAAGGAAAAUUAUCCAUUUAAACCCUGUAAAAGGCCGCCCAAUUCCCGAAGAAAUAGAACAAAUGAUCGGAAGGGCAUUCAUGUAUAUAGGGGACGCACAUCAGUAUCUUGGCCCGUGGCAAGGAAUUUCACAAGCAAACUGUCCAAGACAACCUAAAAGCCAAGAAUGCGGUUUUUAUGUUUUGAAAUAUAUCACUGACAUCGUCGCACGUGCCAACCCCAACCGUUACAUACAAGAUCAAAAAGCUUUUGGUGGUAAGAAGCAAUACGAUCCAAAAACAGAAUUGUUACCACUACAGCGAAAGUGGAUCGAACAAUUGAUGGCGGUGAUUCACGGUGACGAUUGAGGUUCAAAGGACGAAGAAUUUUUCUUCAUUAUGUUAUUUUUAUAGAUUAACUUGUAAUUAGAUUUAUUAACUUAUUAAUAUUUUUAACUAAUUUUACAUGUUUGUGCAAUAUUUAAUUACUUUUAUGAAAUCAAAUUAUGUUUUUACCCAAAUUUAAUUACUAUUUAAUUUAAAAUGUAAUUAAUAUAUAAUUAAAUUAAAUAAAUAUGUAAUUAAUAUAUAAUUAAAUUAAAUAAAUAUGUAAUUUAAAAUUUAAAUAAAUAUGUAAUUUAAAUUAAAUAAAAUAAUAUAUAAAUUAAUAAAUAUAAAAU